AUUUCGGUGAGGAAGGUUCCUCGCGGGUUUGGUAGUUGGUCGAGGGAGAUAAAACCGUCGAAUUUUCGUGGCCGCUUCGAUGUUUUGUGAACCCAACAGCUCUUCGGUUCGUUUCGUGUUGUUCGAGCUCGAGGCUUUCGCGAGUGAAAGUUCGUGAGUGGAAAAAACGUUCGGAAUAUUGGAGUGAUUUGGAGGGGGAAGAAAAAUUUGAAAAAAAUAUAAACUUCUCGGUCAAGACGGUCAUGGCGGUCACGUGGUUCGUCGUCCUCUCGCUGUGCGCGAGCUUCGUCGCGAGCUUUGACCUCGGACCCAUCGUCAGAAUCGGCCAGUGCAGAAUGCAGUGCUUGAGGAAACACAGCCUCGAUGGCACUUGCGAUUGGUACUCGAAUAGGGGGGAAACUGUUUGUAGCGAAUGCUGGCAGAACUGCGAGAGCGUUGAGACCCAGUGGGAUACGACCAAAUCCAUUUGCGAAGGGGCCGAGUAUCUUCGUUGUCCAGCGUGCCAGACGGCUUGUCUCUACCGGAAGACGCGAGUGGAGGAAACUUAUUUGCCGUCGAGUUUGCCAGCCCCGAGGAAAGGUCCAGUAAAAUUGGCAGAUCACGACGUGGCGAUACUGUUGCGUCGAGUGAGCAACGGCUGGAAGGAAUCAGGAUAUUUCCCAGGCAGUCGAGUGCCAACGUUGCGUCCGGACACUUGGAUCCUGGCAGUGGUCGAGGACGGAGUUAAGCACUACAGUUGGGAGGAGUGGACGCCGACGUUGGAUUCGCUGAAGGACGGCCCGUUGGUGGAGGCGACGUUAUCCUGGUUGGACGUUCAAUUGCAGUUGAAGAAGCAGCGUGACCUGGAGCAGAAACGUUUCAACGACCGGGUGCGACGAUUUUACCUGGAGAAGUACGGCGAGCGAGUCCUUUUCGAGUGGAGAGACAGCCAGGACACCCCGAUCCCUGAGGAAGUUUUCCGACGCUUCUUCUUCCGACGACAGAACGACGAAGAAGCCUCCCAGAGUCCAGGAAACGCUGAGUCCUCGGUGGAAACUAUGAACUCGGGAAGUGUCCUGACGAAGGACGAUCAAUCCGGCGACCAGGAGGCGAAGGAGUCGUACGUUGUUUCGUGGGAGCCGGAGACCGGUGGCUUGAUGGGCAACCAGGUCGUCGACUCGACGACGGCCCAAAUUUCGCUUCUCCCUGGAACGAAGUACCUCGUGAGGAUCGCUUCGAACGAGGGUCCUGGAAGCUUCCCAAUCGAGAUCGACACCAGGCCCGUGUCCGUCAAGGUCUGGAGGUUAAAAAAAAAGUUUGAACAUGUCAGCAUCCUUCCAGCUGUCGCGGCUGGAUUCUCUGCUGCAAUUCUCGUAAUGGGCAUCAUUUUCUGCAGAAUAUUGCGAAAAGGUAAAACUGUUGAAACGAGCGAAGUGGAAGUCUGAUUCGAUGGCGAAGAGCUCUGAAGCUUCCAACUUCGAGAGUCACCCUCGUUACCGCCUCAAUGAAAACACUCCUGCGAGAUUCGCGUGGAAAAUUUACUGCCAGGAUGAUGGAAAAUCGCCAAUGACAUUCAAAGAAGCCAAAGCUCGUUCAGGACCGACCAAGGUCCCCGAAGAGCGUCAGAGGUCGUUCGGGACCCUUCGGAAACGUCCAAAGUCCUUCCAGCCUGGUCGAGAGCACCCGAGCUCGUUCAAGGACAUCGCAAGGCAAACGUCGCAAGACCCUGAAGGACGUUCCGUGAGGUUUUGAAUCAAACAACUGUCGUCGUUUGUACUCGCACGACGACACGACUGUCAUUAUUAAGACGAACAUUGUAAAGCGUUUAGUAAAUAUUUUUCUACCUAGCUCGUAUGAUUAUUACUCGAAAAUGUCAUUGUAAAAUGAUCAUUGGAGACUCUAAAAUUCGUAAACUUACGAAAUAAGGACAAACGAAUGUACAGUGAGAAUGAAUAGUGAAUUUAGUCGAUGCCUGUAAAUGCAAGCUAACUCAAUCAAUGUAAAUCUUAUUUAUACAGUAAGUUUUCACAACGUGAAGUUGCCAAAAACGAUUACUCAAGAAAUAUCUAAACGUGGAUACUUUUUAGUUGACACUAUCAAUUUGGCACUUUAGAAAUUUCGUCACGUCACUGGGUCCAGACGUCGCGUUAAUAAAUAAGCAAAUUAACUGUAAAUAUUGUAUUCGAGGUUGAAAAAUGGUUCGAAUGCUCGAUAAAUUGACGAAAAUUCGGACGCGUGUUGCCAAAAUAGGACUGAUCCAUAAUUCAUAUAAAAAUUCAAAUUUUAUUUGCUAUACUCGAUAGAAAAACAAAUCAAUUUCAUGCCAAGUGAUCGAGUCUGAAAAUAAUCCAACUCAACCUGCAUGCAUUCAAUCGUUUAUUCCGUCACAGAUUGAUCGCCUCGUGUUAUUCCGAGCGACCAUUCGAAGAAUUUCAUUGUCCAUAGUUUUCGUUUUAAUGCAAAAUGUAUUAUUAGCACAUUAUUAUUAAUUUAAUAACUCUGACACAAAAAUACACCAGAGAGAAACGAACAGACUGCAUGAGAGUUCCUAAUAGCAAAACCGCACGAAAACGACCCCCGAGGUCGAUUCGUGACGAACGCGAAAAAAUAAGAUGACAAAAAAACAUAAUAAUCACUGUAUUUAUUUGUAAAUAGUCGAUCUAAACUGUAAGUGUACUGUAAAUAUUUUCCUUUUUUUUUUUUUAAUGUGUAAAAAUAAAAUUACGAAGAUUCAUGAACUCAUCCGUUGAAAAAAAAAAA